UUAAAAACAUACAUUUUUAGAAAUAGGCGGGGUUUAUGACUUUGUGGGUGCGGUAACUAGUGACGAGACGCUGAUAUCGAGUAGAACAAGAUACCUUAUUACGCCAAGACCUCGGUGAAGGAAUUAUCCAAAACAUGUCUCACACGAUCCUGUUGGUCCAGCCCACCAAGAGACCAGAGGGACGUACGUAUGCUGACUAUGAAUCAGUCAACGAGUGCAUGGAAGGUGUGUGUAAGAUGUACGAGGAACACCUAAAGAGAAUGAACCCAAACAGUCCAUCCAUCACCUAUGACAUCAGUCAACUGUUUGACUUCAUCGACGACCUGGCUGACCUCAGCUGCUUGGUGUACCGUGCGGACACACAGACGUACCAGCCGUACAACAAGGACUGGAUCAAGGAGAAGAUUUACGUGUUGCUGCGACGCCAGGCCCAACAGGCUGGGAAAUGAGACCUACAGCCUCUAGUUCCAGGCUGACUGCACUGCGGACGCAUGCCAGAUAGAAACACAUGUGGUUUGGUGUUUAACAUGUCUCCUAACCACAUCCAUACAAUACGGCAAUCUGAUGACAACUGCGUAGUCAAUGACAUUGGUUGAUGCAGUGCGACUUAUGCAAUGUAGUCUGCCUGGAACGCGACCAAUCUGUGACGGAAGAGGUGGGGGGGGGGGGGGGGGGGUUUGAUAGGAUUGGAGAAGGGUUGAAUUAUGUUAUGAGUCCUGGAUAUUAUACUAUUUUAUAAGUUGUCUCGGUGAGAACUUUUCUAGUAGGAUGGGGUGAAGUGUGAUUUUAUUUUUUUUUUUUCUUGUUUGUAUUUAAAAUUGUUUCCCCCUCUUUAUGAAGAUGUCUUUUGUCUUUACUUAAAUAAAAUUAAACGGCAAGAAAAACUC